AAACCAAAAAUGAAACCCAAACUUAAAAAACAAGAGAGAGAGAGAGAGAGAGGAAAAGGCAAGAGCGCCAAAACCCUUGUGUUUCAAAAUGGCGCCCUCAAAACCUCGCUUACAAAACCCUCUCGUUUAACGCGUCUCUCUCUCUCUCAAUCUCAGACCCUGUAGUACUACUACUCCAUGGCGGAGAAAGAGAACUGCGUCCGCGUCACGCGCGCCAUGAAAAGGAAGGCCGAAGCCGCCGCCGUCGACCAAACGCCCCCCAAGAAGCGCGUCGUACUGGGCGAGCUCCCCAACCUCCAAAACGCCGUCGUUCCGGCCAAUGAGGUUGAGCCCCACAAGCGGAAAUCCAGAACUAAAUCCCGGGCGGCGAAGAAAGCGCUGCCUAUCCCGGAAACCGCGCCGGAGGUUGAAUCGACGCCGUCGGAUCCCCAAAUGUGCGAGCCGUAUUCACGUGACAUAUACGAGUAUCUUCACAAGCUCGAGGUGGAUCCAAAUAGAAGACCUUUGCCUGAUUACUUGGCAAAGGUUCAGAAGGAUAUCACUGCUAAUAUGAGAGGAGUCUUGGUGGACUGGUUGGUGGAAGUUGCUGAGGAAUACAAGCUCCUUUCCGAUACUCUCUACCUCACCGUUUCGUAUGUUGAUAGGUUCCUUUCUUUCAAUGCUCUCAAUCGGAAAAUGCUUCAGUUACUCGGUGUUUCUUCAAUGCUGGUUGCCUCGAAGUAUGAAGAGAUCACACCUCCACAUGUGGAAGAAUUGUGUUACAUAACAGAUAAUACAUACACCAAGGAAGAGGUGUGCAAAAUGGAGGCUGAUAUACUUAAGGCUUUGAAGUUUGAAUUGGGGAAUCCUACUAUAAAGACAAUCUUAAGGAGAUUCAAUAGAGUUGCUGAAGAGGGCAACAAAGAUCCUGAUCUGCAUUUUGAAUUUCUGGGCUACUACCUUGCAGAGCUAAGUUUGUUAGACUACAACUGUGUCAAAUUUUUGCCUUCUUUGGUGGCUGCGUCUGUUGUAUUUCUUACAAGAUUUAUCAUCCAGCCAAGGAUGCAUCCAUGGACUCUGUCGCUGCAACAAUAUUCAGGAUACAAACCAUCUGAGUUGAGGGAAUGUGUCCUUAUCAUACAUGACUUGUAUCUGGGUAGAAGAGGAGGGUCAUUGCAAGCUAUAAGAGAGAAGUACAAAAGACAUAAGUUCAAAUUCGUGGCAGUGAUGCCUUCUCCUCCAGAGGUACCAGCAUACUAUUUUGAAGAUCUUAUAGAAUGACUGGAAGUGACCUCAAAGUUUGAUAGAGAUGAUUCUUUUUAUCGUUAGACGAACAAGUCUUACCUGCAAGAUCAGUGUGGAAGGGUUUCUAUGAAUUGAGUUUGUGAAGAUCUGCUCUGGUGCUUUUGCUUGCUUCUGUAAUCUAUGCUUGGAUUUAUUUCUGUAGGAUAACAAAGGUUUUGCUUACAUAGUCCCCUUACUUGCAUUUAGGUUUUAGUUAUUACUUGUUAGAUGGCUUGUUUUGCGGAGAGUUUGUUUAGCAGAUUGAUUAGAUGAAUGCAGUUGGGGAUGUUGAUUUGUUAUCCUCUUGUUUUCAAUUGCUGUAGAAGUCAUGUCUAUAAAUAAA